AUCCAGGUGGAUACACAUGGCUCUUCUACGCAAAAUUAAUCAAGUGCUGCUGUUUCUUCUGGUCCUGACGCUCUGUGGGAUUCUGUACAAGAAAGUUCGUAAGGGAGCUGUACUUAAGAAUGAAGCAGAUGAUGAUUCUGAGUCACCCGAGGACGUGGAAGAGGAGAUUCCAGUGGUGAUCUGUGCGGCUGCGGGGAGAAUGGGUGCAGCCAUGGCGGCCAUUAAUAGCAUCUACAGCAACACUGACGCCAACAUUGUGUUCUAUGUAGUUGGACUACGGAACACUCUGUCUCGAAUACGACAAUGGAUCGAACAUUCUAAACUGAAAGAAAUAAACUUCAAGAUUGUGGAGUUCAAUCCUAUAGUCCUCAAGGGGAAGAUUAGACCAGACUCAUCAAGGCCUGAACUGCUCCAGCCCCUGAACUUUGUUCGGUUUUAUCUCCCUCUGCUUGUCCAUCAGCAUGAGAAAGUCAUCUAUUUGGACGAUGAUGUCAUCGUACAAGGCGACAUCCAGGAACUGUACGACACCACCUUGGCUCUGGGCCAUGCAGCGGCCUUCUCAGAUGACUGUGAUUUGCCCUCUGCUCAAGACAUCCACCGCCUUGUGGGGCUACAGAACACAUACAUGGGCUAUCUCGACUACCGGAAGAAGAGCAUAAAGGAGCUUGGCAUCAGCCCCAGCACCUGCUCGUUCAACCCUGGUGUCAUUGUCGCCAACAUGACCGAAUGGAAACACCAGCGCAUUACCAAACAGCUGGAAAAAUGGAUGCAAAAGAACGUGGAGGAAAACCUCUACAGCAGCUCCUUGGGCGGAGGCGUGGCGACCUCCCCCAUGCUGAUUGUGUUUCACGGAAAGUAUUCCACCAUCAACCCGCUGUGGCACAUAAGGCACCUCGGCUGGAACCCGGAUGCGAGAUAUUCGGAGCGCUUUCUGCAGGAGGCUAAACUGCUCCACUGGAACGGAAGACACAAACCCUGGGACUUUCCGAGCGUCCACAAUGACUUAUGGGAGAGCUGGUUUGUUCCUGAUCCUGCAGGGAUCUUUAGACUGAAUCACAAUAGAUGAGAGACUCUCAACAGCUAGAAUACUCCCUGGAUACAAAUGGAACGGCCUUUGUACCCUGCAACACCGUUCUUUACGGGAACACUUCUGAUAUACGUGACCUACAGUGUAAGAAACAAAACUACUGUGUACAAUUAGAACCAUGGCCCUCACACACAGACUUAACCUCCUGAAGUUCAGAUGAGACUUAGGAGCAGCCCUACUCACUCUUCUCUGUGUUUUGAGACAGGGUCUCACUAUGUAUCCCAGGUCUCGGCCUGAAUGAAAACUUUUUCUGAAAACUUUCAAAAUCUCUCGAUUUCUUA